AUGGCAAAAAUAAAUCAGUUAGAUCAAAUGAAGAAUAGUGAAUUGAGUGAUUGUCUAAAUGCAAAUAAAAAUAUACAUAAACUAAAAGCAGAAGGAUAUGAAAAUCUGAAUAAAACAUUAGUAAAUCAAUGCGGAGAAUUAAAAGCAGAAAUGAAUAAAUUGCAAGAAGAAAAAGAGAACUUGACAAAAUGUUUGAAAGAAUCAGAGGAGUCAUGUAAAAGCAUUUCAAAUAUUUUAGUAGAAUUUAAGGAAAAAUGCUCGUCUCAAGAGUCAUUACUGUCACACCAUGAAUUUAUAAUAAAGGAUCUAAAAGCUAGUUUAGAAGUUGAAAGAGAGAUGAAUAAAGAAUUAAAUGCAACUAAAAAUGAGUUACAAACAUUGGUUCAUACCAUGGACAAAGAUCGUAGAGUCCUCCAUAAUGCAAUACAAGAAAUGAAAGGAAAUAUCAGGGUAUUUUGCAGAGUCCGACCUAGAACUCCAAGUGAACUUGGAAAAGCGAUGUGUAAUAUCAACUUUGUAGAUGAAUGCACUAUCGAAGUAGGAAAAUUUGAUGGGUCUGAUUCACUGACUCAUUUAUUAAUAGUGUCUUUAGCUGGCACUUCAAAGACAUUGAUGUUACUGAAUGUAUCUCCUUUAGAUGAAUAUUAUAAGGAAACAUUGAAUUUAUUGAGAUUUGCUAGCAAUGUACACAAUUGCUAA